GACCAUUGGCUUUAAAAAAAGGUUGCUAAAAGUCAAUUUCAAGAAUUUCAGCCAGCAUGGUCAGUGGUGAAAAUGCUGGGUACUGCAGUUCAUCAGCAUCUGGAGCACGGAGACCCCAAACUUUGAGAGCUAGUGGACACAGAUAGGAAUAUAUUCAAAAUGCAGGUCAAGGAUCCUGGCAAAUGUCAGUGGGGAAACGGUACCUGUAAGUACCUGCUGGAUAUUCCAGAUGCGGAUCUAAACACUUUUCCAUUUGCUACAACUUUUGCAGAUAUUUGGGGAGAAUGUAAUAAGAAUUACAGAACUAAUAAUCAUCGUUCAAAGAGUGCCUAGUGGCUGAUAACAAACAAAACCCGGCAUUGGGUCAAGGCUUAAAACAUAGCUUGUUCCCACGGCUAUCCCAAGCACACCCCGCCGUCUCAUUCAUCGCAGCCUGCCCUUCCCCGGUUCCAUUUGAUAAGAGCGCGCGCGGCUAAGAGCGCGCAACAAGUUGCAACAGCGUUGCCACCGCCCCUUCCGCCUUGCUGCGUCUCUGCUUCUGCCGACGACCCUUCCUUUCCCGAGGGCGCCCGGGAGUUUGCUGCUUGGCACCGGCGCCAUCCGUGACAGGGCAACCCCCAGGACCACAGCCAGACACGCACCUGCACGACUUCACUCUUUGACCCGCACCCAGAGCCUGGCCUCGACGUCACGUGCUCUCGGCCGUCCAAUCCAGGCCAGCCACUAGUUGUUCGGGAGCUGCUCUGGGCGGCAGAAAAGUUUGCUGAGAAGACCCGGGAGAAGCGCUCGAUCGGCCGUGGCGGCGGAGGCGGUGGCGUUACCUUUAGCCGCUGAGGCCGUCUCGGAUCGCCCGCGGUCUCCGUUUCCCCGCGAGCGCUUUACCUGUUUACCUGUUGCUUCUCCCAUCGCCCGUCUCCUCGUUCCUUGCGUGGCUCCCUUCCCUCACCUGGGCCCCCUGGGACUGCAUCCCUUUGCGAUCGCCGCUUCUCUUGGGGUUUCCUCCUGCUUCUUCCCCGCUUCCCUCAUUUCAUUUUCCCAUUCUAUCUCCGCCUUAAUUCUGCUUGCUUCUUUUCUUGUUCUCUCGGGCCCUCGGAUUUUUUUUCCCUAGCUCUCUAAAUCACUCCACACAAACUUUCUUUGCCUCGAUCCCAUUUAUCCCGAACACACUUUUCACUUCCUGCUUUGCCACGGGUCCUUUCCCUGAACCCUUCUAUGCAUCUGGGUUGUGUUUUCUUUCUCUGACUCCUUCACUCUUUCCCUCAUUGUCACCUUAUGUUUAUCCUGCCUCUCAUCGCUUUCAUAACUCAGUUUCUUGUCUUUGACCUUUCUGCACUCCAAAUGUCUGAUCCAAAUACUGUGAUUUCUACUCCUCACUCAACUCAUGCGCCAAUCCCCGGUGUCUCUUUUCUUUUUGCUUUGUUUCACUCCUUUCCUAGCACUUUUUAUGCCUGCCUAAAAUAGGGAAGAGGUGGCUUCAACAACGACUUCAUUAAUUGUUCUCAAAUGCCAAGGCAGAAGCUGAUGUGGUUAGUACCUGUAUCUUGACCAUGGCUUUGGUGAGCUCUGAGGGAACAGCUGAAGGGAGCUUGGGGACCAGUAGCAACUCUUGCCCACUGUGGACUGUGUUGUAUGACUAUGAAGCCACUGGAGAAGAUGAGCUGAGUUUGCGUCGAGGGGAAAUGGUGGAAGUUUUGUCUAAAGAUGCAGCCGUGUCCGGAGAUGAUGGGUGGUGGGCAGGUAAAAUCCAUCAUCGUCUUGGCAUCUUCCCUGCAAACUAUGUGACCUACCAACUAGGGUGUUACCAACACCCCCAGUUAGGAUUGUUGGAGAAGACUGGGCAUCAAACCCAAAACCUGGCCGUGGGUGAUGGGCACCCUGCAGAUAAUGAAGACCAUAUGGGUUCUCUAGCAGAGAUUGACUUCCAGCAUCUGGAACUGCAAGAGAUUAUUGGAGUUGGAGGUUUUGGUAAAGUUUAUAAAGCUAUAUGGAAUGGCCAAGAAGUUGCAGUGAAAGCGGCCCGGCAGGAUCCAGAUGAGGACAUCAUGGCCACAGCAGAGAAUGUGAGGCAGGAGGCAAAAUUGUUUUCCAUGUUGAAACAUCCAAAUAUCAUCGAACUUCAUGGUGUAAGUUUGCAGGAGCCCAACCUCUGCCUAGUUAUGGAAUUUGCCAGGGGAGGACCCCUCAAUAGAGCUUUGUCAGGUACUUUCCCCACCGCUAGUGGGAACCACUGGGGCCGUCGCAUUCCUCCUCAUAUAUUAGUCAACUGGGCAGUACAAAUUGCUCGAGGGAUGCUUUAUUUACACGAAGAAGCCAUCGUCCCCAUCCUUCACAGAGAUCUCAAGUCAAGUAACAUACUGUUGCUUGAGAGGAUAGAAAAUGAUGACAUCCACAACAAAACUCUGAAAAUCACAGAUUUUGGCUUGGCAAGAGAGUGGCACCGAACAACCAAAAUGAGUACUGCAGGAACCUAUGCAUGGAUGGCUCCUGAGGUCAUUAAAUCAUCCAUGUUUUCUAAAGGAAGUGACCUUUGGAGUUAUGGCGUAUUGCUGUGGGAACUGCUUACAGGAGAGGUUCCUUACCGUGGCAUUGAUGGUCUUGCUGUGGCUUACGGCGUUGCUGUCAAUAAGCUUACUUUGCCCAUUCCAUCCACCUGUCCUGAACCAUUUGCUAAACUAAUGAAAGAGUGCUGGGCACAGGAUCCCCAUAUUCGUCCAUCAUUUACUAUGAUUCUUGAGCAGCUGACUGCCAUUGAGGGGGCUGUACAGACUGAGAUGCCUCAAGAAUCUUUCCAUUCUAUGCAAGAUGACUGGAAACUAGAAAUCCAGCAGAUAUUCGAUGAAGUGAGAACCAAGGAAAAAGAGCUGAGGUCAAGGGAAGAAGAAUUAACAAGAGCUGCUCUUCAUCAGAAAUCCCAAGAAGAGUUGCUGAAACGACGAGAGCAGCAGCUAGCAGAACGGGAGAUUGACGUACUGGAACGUGAAUUGAAUAUAUUGAUAUUCCAGUUAAAUCAAGAGAAGCCUAACGUUAAGAAGAGAAAGGGGAAAUUUAAAAAAAGUCGAUUAAAACUUAAAGAUGGGAACAGAAUUAGUCUGCCUUCAGAUUUUCAGCAUAAAAUCACAGUGCAAGCUUCCCCAAAUAUAGAUAAGCGCAGAAGUUUAAACAGUAAUAGUUCUAGUCCACCAAGUAGUCCUCCAAUAAUUCCUCGCCUUCGAGCUAUACAAUUAACCUCAGAUGAGAGCAACCGAACAUGGGGGAAAAGCACAGCUUACCACCAGGAAGAAUUUGAAGAUGUGAAAAGAAACUUUAAAAAGAAAGGUUGCACUUGGGGACCAAACUCAGUUCAAACAAAAGAGCGUGCAGACUGCAAAGAGAGAAUAAGACCUCUCUCCGAUGGUGGUAGUCCUUGGUCAGCACUUUUGAUGAAGAACCAUAAAGAUGUCCCAUUAGCUUCUUUGUUCAUGGACCAAGAGCAGAAGCUUUCCCCCGAAGGCCUUGAACCUAAGCGACCAAAGCAGUUAAAAUUGCCAAAUCAGGCUUAUAUUGAUCUACCUCUUUGGAAGGAUGACCAAGAACUACCUUCUGCAGAACAAGACAGCUUUGAAGGAAAUUCUGCAAAUUCUGCAAAUAGCACUCCACAAGUGACCCCAACAAACAGUACCAGCAGAAUGUUACAGAAAAAGAAAACUGACACUGUGUUCUAUGGUUGUGCUGUCCUUCUAGCCUCUAUAGCUCUUGGCUUAGAUAUUAGGGAGCCAAACAGAUUGCAAAGUGGGGAUGAAAUGUUGCCUAAGGAGGAAAAGAAGAAACGUGACAGCCUAUUUCAGCGAGCAUUGAAGUUUCGCAGAAGCGCAAGCCCUGUGAGAUUGCAGCCUAAGAGAGAGGAGGCGUGUAUCCCUUCAUCGUCUCCACAUGCAAGCACUGUGAACCUCCUGUCCAUAUCUUCCAUUUCUACUAAAUGCCUCCUUCAGUCUGACAACGAGGAUGCCACUAUGAGCACAGCGCCUGGCAAUGGAGAUGAUGCUCCCAUUGAAUGUUUCUUGCCUGGAAGUCAGGCAGGCAAACAAGAACAACUAGCCAAAGUUGAUUGCACUGUCAAUCCUGAUUUGCCAUCUCCCAGUCUUCCUUUGAAAGAAGAACCUCAAUCUGCGUCCAGUGCCAUGUCUUCAAAAAUCAAAGUGUGGGGUCAUAGGCGGACCAUGUCAGAUGGAAAUGCGCGUGAUUCCAUAACUAAUGGAAUUUCAAAUGAAACUCUUGAAAAUCUGCAUGCAUCUGCUGUGCCACAAACAAACUUUCAAAAUGACCUUUCACCAGGGAAGCAAGAAAUUGUCAAUAUUGUUCCAAGACCUCGACCUUCUUCUUUAAGAAGCAGAUUGGAUCCCUGGCUGGCUAUUUCUCAAAGUACAAAGCCAAACCCUUUUGAAAUGGGUAAUUUAGCAGUGGACAAAAAUUCAAAGGCUAAGUCACUGACAGAUACCAAGGAGAGAACUAAAUUCCACAUGCCCUCUUUAUUGGAUAUGGAUGUUGAAGGUCAGAAUAGUGACUGUACUGUACCUUUGUGUAGGAUGAAGAGUAAAUCAGGCCGGCCAUCAAUAUAUGAACUGGAGAGAGAAUUCUUGUCUUAAGUGCGUUGGAAUUUUUAGCCUGUUUUAAGAAUAAACUUUAUGCUGCUCUUUUCUAAAUGUUGUGAUCAGUAGAGUUUGAUAUUAUGCUAGAUAGAUGAAAUAUUACAGGCAAUGAUCAAUCUGUAAGCCCAUAUGUAGUUUAAUUGAUUCUACCAUCACUAUCCUGAAUGAAUAGACAUAUGUGGAUGUCAAUAAAGUUUUUCACAAUUUUGA